UUCACCGACCUGUAAAUAGUGGUAUGUAACCCAAACCGGUUUUACUCACAAUAUUGAAACAACUAGUCCAAAAGUAGCGCUACUUUCAAAACUUUACAAAUUUGUUAUCAUGAAAAAUCAAGUUAUGAAAUGAUAAGAGGAAUUUCGAUCGGUGGAUAAUCAUGUCUACAGUAAUUCCUCUUAGGGUGGCAGUACGUGCCAGGCCACUAAUUCAGAAAGAAAAAGAUGAAGGGUGUCAGGUGUGCUUGAACUUUAUACCCUUUGAGCAGCAGAUCAUUUUAGGAAAGGAUCGUAACUUCUCGUUUGACUUUGUGUUCCGGCCCAAUGAUCCGCAGGUCCAGGUGUAUGAGGAUGCUGUCAAGCCACUUAUUGAGCACAUCUUUAAAGGGUACAAUGCCACUGUUCUUGCCUAUGGCCAGACUGGCAGUGGCAAGACCUUCACAAUGGGCGGAGGUUAUGAAGAUUCCUUGAAGAUGGAUCCAGAUGGGAUGGGAAUCAUCCCUAGAAUAGUGCAAGAAAUAUUUUCUCAAAUAGGUCAAAGGGAAAAUUGCACAUAUAAAGUUUCAGUCUCAUAUCUAGAGAUCAUCAAUGAAGAACUUCAAGAUUUGUUGGAGAAAAAAGACAGUUUGGCCAUCAGGGAGGAAAAUGGGGCAAUCAAGAUCCCUGGCUUGCGUGAGCAGCCUGUGGAGCAUGUCCAGGACAUCAUGGGGUUACUGCAGCAUGGCUGCAACAACCGCACUACCGCCGCCACCGCCAUGAACUCAACCUCCAGCCGCUCACAUGCCAUCUUCACCGUCUACAUCCAGCAGACCAAUAAGGAAGACAGCAACGACUUCUGGAAGGUGAAACUACAGCUGGUGGACCUGGCAGGCUCAGAGAGAAUCAAGAAAACACAUGCAGAGGGAGAGAGGCUUAAGGAAGGUAUCAACAUCAACAAGGGCCUACUAUCGCUAGGAAACGUGAUCAGCGUCCUAGGUGACGAGAACAAUACCAACAAGAAGGUUCAUGUCCCCUACCGGGACAGCAAACUCACUAGGAUCCUCCAGGACUCACUUGGUGGUAACAGCUACACUGUGAUGAUAGCCUGCGUCAGCCCGGCUGACAGCAAUAUGGAGGAGACCCUGAACACGCUGCGCUACGCAGACCGCGCGCGCAAGAUCAAGAACAAGCCUGUGGUCAACUGGGACCCCCAGACAGCCGAGAUCAUGAGACUCAAGGCCACGGUCCAACAGCUCACCAUGAAGCUGAUACAUGCUGGAAUAGGAGACAUCCCUGAUGAGGAGCUGGAGAAGCAUAAGCUGCAGCUGCAGCAGUCACCGGGCAAGACCAAGGAGCUCCAGGAGAACCUCAAGAAGUGGAUAGACAAGUGUACCAAACUGGAGGAGGAGGUGGAAUCCCUGUCCCAGGAGCUGCAGUCCUCUGUGGACCAGGCAGCGUCCGCGUCGGAGAGGGCCAUACGCUGGGAGAUGAAGUGUGAGAGACUCAGGGAGAGGCUGAAGGAGCUCGAGCAGAACAUCGGUGUUGACUUUGAGCUGCUUAGCUCAAGUGUUGUAGAAACCAACCCAGUCAUCAUAGAACAACUUGAGAGACUGAAGAACUUUGCAAACAAGAUCAAUGACACGCUGAAUACAGAGGAGGGACUGUGCACAGAAGAGGAGGAAGAGGAUGUAGAUGUUGUGGAUGGUGUGGUGGACCCAGCAGACACCUUGUUUACACCAGAGACGAAGGAGUUUGCCAAGCGUCACACACUGAGGCGUGCUCAGCUGAACUCAGAACUGCAGGAGCUGAACAAGCUGUUAGAGAAGAAGGAGAAGAUUGCCACCCAGUUCUCCAUGAACGACACAAAGAUGGCAGAGAUGCUGGAUCACAUGAAAGAGAAUGCCAAGCAGUUGGAGGAGAAGAUCAAUGACCUGGAGACUGAGAAGACUCAGCUGACGGCCCUCCUGGAAGAUGCACGCACAAACACUGCCGCUAGCAAGGUGAGUGAGGCGAGGCGCCAGCAGUUGAAGGACCUGGAGGGGAGGAUGGCCACCCUGCACAAACAGCUGACCGACCAGAAGAAGCUGCUCAAACUCAAGGAGCAGAAGGAGAAGGACGCGCUCAAGAUGAACACAGAAAUACAGGCCCUGAAGCAAGCACGUGUAAAGCUGAUGAAGCAGAUGAAGGAGGACUCGGACACCUGGCGCAAGUGGAAGGCCCAGAAGGACAAGGAAGUGCUGCAACUGCAGCAGAAAGACCGCAAGCGCCAGUUUGAGAUCCAGAAACUGCAGCGAGAGAACGUGCGCACCCAGAGUGUACUACAGAGGAAAUCAGAGGAGGCUGCGGCUGCCAACAAGCGUUUGAAGGAUGCCAUGGCCUUACACAAGAAGGUGCUUGAGGAGAGGUCACAGAAGUUUGACAAGUGUGACAACAACACCAUUGGCAACCGGGUUAAGAAAUGGUUGAGCCAUGAGCUGGACAUGCAUGUGGGCAUCAUGGAGGCCAAGUAUCACCGUGAGAGCCAGCUGCAGGACCGCAAGACCCUCGCCAACCAGCUCAGAGACCUCAAGGAGACCAUCAGCGAUGAGGGGCCACCAUCCAAGAAGCUUGGCUGGAUGGAUGACAGUGGCAAGAAACAUGAGGCCAGCAUAGAGGAGGAGUCAGUGAAGGGCAAGAUACACCACCUGGAGCAGCAGAUAGAACUCAGAAAUGCCCAGAUCUCAGAUUUGCAGCAAAAGAUUUUUGAUGCAGAGCAAGAAAGCAAGGGCAAGUCAACUAAAGACAACUUACACACCAUGAUGGAGGCCAAAAUAGCCAUCAAGUGGCUCCUAGACCAGGCUGUGUCGUACAAGGCAGACAAUGCCCGUCUGCGUGCUGAGAACACAGACCUGCAGGAGAAUGUGAAGGGUGACCAUGACGACCAGAGCGAAUACAUCGCCCAGCUGGAGAGAACCAUACAGCAGCACAAGCUGAAACACAGCAAGCAGCUCAUGAAGAUGCAGGAGAAACAUGAUGAAGAGGUUAAGUUGCUCCUUGCUACGAAGAUGGAACCGAAGAAUGGCAAUGUAGAGACUCUUGCAAAGCAGGAGGCUGAGAUACAGAGACUCAAAGCAAGACUUCAGGAAAUGUCAGGAGGCAGCUGCACCAAGUGUGAGAAAAUGGAGAAGCAAAUGACCAAGUUCAUCUACAAAGAGAAGUCUUUCUCCCUGAUGCCCAAACUGGAAGAGAACGAGCAAGCUGUAGACCAAACCAUGGAUGAGAUGUCACCAUUCCUCUCCCCCAGGCCCAAGGCAAAGAACCCACUGCGGUACACCAGAUCACAAAUAGGGGAUGGCCGGCUGCUGCAACUAGCAGGUGUUGACACAGAGGGCAAGUGUUCUUCCAUCAAUGCAUCCCCUGCCAUGGAGACAGAUGGGUCCGGGGAGGACGAUGACAGUGACCUAGAUACUGACCCUGACUGGCAGAGUGGCAACACACCUGGCUGGCUCAAACCCAAGACCAAGAGGAGGCGCACUGACCUCUUCAAACAGAAAUCAGACGAAUCCUUGAGCAGUUCAGUAGAGAAGUCAGACACUGAAGGCAAGAUUUGUGGCUGCAAAUUCAAGUGUAGGACAAAGCGGUGUGCCUGCCGCAAAAACAACAUGUUCUGCACUGAUGGAUGUAAAUGUGUGGACUGUGAAAAUAUGGAGCUGCAAGUGCCUGAGUCCACAACCACAGAACUGUCUGCAGGCACUACUGCCUUGAACACGACGUUUGAAGUGGACAGCUCCAACCCCACAGAGGUCAACAGCAGCAAGGAGGCAGGCGAAAAUGCUGCAAAAGCCACGACCAAACCUCCAAAGAUGACGCGUACUUCAUCACGUCCAGUCCUCAGUCAGCUAAAAGGCACGCUGAACGUGAGCAGCUCAGAUGAGUUUGAGAAACCCAGGUUACUACGUAAGUCUGUUUCUGCAGGAGCCAUGGGGAGUAAAACCUCCAAGUCAGAUCUGAGGGUUGAGACCGAGGAGGAUCUUGUAGGGGACAUGUUAGACAAUAUCACAAAGAAGAAAAGGAAGUUGGGGAAUCCCCAGAAAGGGUUUUUUGGUGAAAUGAAGCCUGAAUGAGGAAUGCUGCGCACAUUUGUUACAACUUGACUACCACUUAUUGUGCACUGAUUCAUUAUUUGUGAAGUGUGACUUCAGGAUUUUGUUGUUUUUUCGUUUUUAAUGGAUAUAAAAAAUCUGUUUAUAAAACAUACUUAUUCCUCUUAUCUAAAUCUAUAAACAUCAUAAUAACCUAUCAUAAGCGCAAAUUGAAAAGAAAUCAUUUGCAGAAAAAUAAAAGAUUUUUUUAACAUACGAUUUUUCACACGUGCUUGCACUGCAACCUUUAAAUUUUGGUUCUUUGAUUUGUAAUUCAAAACUUGAAAGGUACUUGUCACAAUUGUUUAUUUUCUGUAAUGUAUGAUUCAAUGAAUUGUAUGCUUUAAAUAAUUGAUUGUUUGCGUAACGCAUGCUGGUUCUUGUCGUUGAACACAUCUUAAUACUGACACGAGAUGACUUCGUUUCAAAGUGAUGCAAUAAUUGUAUAUACAAUGAAUUGGUAAACCAAGUUUUGUGAUUUAUGGGAAGGGGGUAUAUACGGUACCAUCAAGGAAGUGUGUUUUAUGUCAGCUGGACUUACACUUAACAUUCCCAUGUUUUAAUGAUGUUGAACAAUAAUGUUUUGGAGCUUGAUAUGAACACAUGUUGGUGUCCUCUUUAGAUUCAUGAUGAAUACUAUUGUUUAAAUGCAAGGUUUUGGAAUUUAGGUGCUUGUAUGGUGAUAGGUUUUGUUCCAGGAAACAUGGUUUUUGUUGAACAAUGUGUGUGUGUUGUUGUAAAAAUUUUGAACUUGUGUUGUUUUCUUUUUCUUGGUUUUGUUUUCUUACUUUUUAGCUCACAUGAAUUUGGAGAGCUCAUGUUGAGCUAUUGUGGUGACCCUAUGUCCGGUGUCAUGUAUUGUGUACCUUUAGUCGUCAACUUUAAGCUCAUUAAGCCACUCCAGGGGCGACAUUUUCAUCCUAUGUGCAUUAAAUAUUACCAGAAUUCGAUCUUGACAGUAUGUAGACCAAGUUCAAAUCUGUUUAGGUAUUAGAUCACCUUGUCAUAUCUUAGAAAAGCCUUGUUACCAAUGGAGAAGCAUCAUGUAUCACCCAGUCUUGAUGAAACUUGGUCAGCUUGCUAAUCCUGACAAUAUCAAGGCAAUAUUGGAAUCUGGGUCAAGUGGAGUAUAAAUCUAGAUCAAUUCCUCAACUACUGAUCUACUAUGAACUCUUAAGAGCAUUUAAGGGCCAGUUUGGCCCACUUGUCUUUUGUUGUUCCAUCAACUUGUCCUCAAUAGCCUUUUCCUUUCUAUGUUUCUAUGUUGAUGAUUUCCAGAGCACCUGUACAUAAAAUUGAACAUGCACAAUAUUGUAUAAUAAUAGUUCACUGUACAAAAUUCACGUUUGCAAUUUGCUUGAUCAAAUUGCAUACUUGUUCAUUCUUGAUCACAUCGCAUACUUGUUUUUCAUUCUUGAUCACAUCGCAUACUUGUUUUUCAUUCUUGAUCACAUCGCAUACUUGUUGUUCAUUCUUGAUCACAUCGCAUACUUGUUUUUCAUUCUUGAUAUUUGCCUCUUUAUUUUCUUGCAUGGCUAACUUUUGAAUAUGAAUUUCAUGUAUGUAAUUGAAACAGCAUUUAAUGUUGUUGCUGUCAUGUUCUAGAUAUCAUAAACACGGUAUAAACAUCAUUCUGACAGCGUUUUUAUUCCGUAAAAUGUUAUUUAAUUCGUCAAUUUUGAACUUGACUUAUUUGUACUCAUUGUAUUCACAUGUUGUGAUAUGAAAACAUUAAAUAUUUGCUUAACUUAAA